AUGGCUUCAGAUAGUCUUUAGGACAUUAUUAUUCAAUUUUAAAUUACUAAUAAGAUGUCAUAAGAAUAACAUUCAAUUCCGAGGUAGGACAUAUUACUAGCAAAAAUAGGGUCUUUGUAAAUCUGCAUUCGUUGUUCUUUUGGAGAAUUAUACAUUUUACGAAUAUGAAACUAAUCUUAUUUAAACAAAUGGGAUGA